AACGUUGAUCCCUCUGGGUGAUCCCAACUUCCGGUUGUAGACGAUCACCCUCUUGCAAGGCCUGUCGGCCUCCUCCGCAGCUACUUACCAGUUAACAGCGGCAGCCAUGGCCGUGUGAUCGGCGACGAGUGAGACCAACAGCAUUUCGAAGCCAGCCUGCGACACGUCAGCUCGGACGAAUAACCGACGCGUCGCCGGGGCGACAAGUUUGGUCAACAUUUAGCUCGGUCGGCUACCCUAAAGACGCGGCUAACUGCUCGCUAGCGCCUGUAAAGCAGACCCUGGUGUCCAUUUCGGGAUGUCAACGGCGGGCUUCAACGCCCAGAACGGGACCGGACAACCGUACGCUAAUGGUCCUUCCCAGAAUCCCGUUGGUGUUCAGCAACUCCCGGGGGUCAACUACAGCAUGACGCACCAACCCGCAUACAAUCCCAUGCAAGCCAAGGCUCCAGCCCCCCAUGCCCCUGGACUUUACCCCUCUGGGCCGUACCAGCAUGUCCCCCCAGUCAGCUCCUACCAGCCCGGCCCGCCAACCACUUCUUACCACGCUCCCCUCGGACAGCCCCAGCUGACCCGACCUCCGCUUGGGGGCCCCAUGUCCCAUACUCCUCCUCAGUCUGCCAGCCCCAGUCCCGGGCCCCGGCUGCCCCCUGUACACGGCACACCUCCGCCUCCUGCUGUGUCUUACGGUGAAUACUACUCCAACCUCCAGCAGCCCCCCAUGGCCUCACAGUGGCAUGACAACUCGGCUCCUCCGCCCACGGGGCCUCCGGUCUCCUCAAACAUGCCACCGCGGGGCAUGGCGCCCAAUCACAUGAGCCCACCCGGACCUUACAGCUCUGCACUGUCACCCUCUGGGUCCCUUAGCCCCAUGCAGCCCCCGCACACAGGGGCGCCCCCCACCUCUCUGCAGGGAUACAGCCAGCCAGGUAGCGCUCCUCCGCCGAUGAACCCAGUGGCCUCACAGCAGUAUCACCCAAGCAGAGGGCCUUACGGGGCCCCACCCACAGGCCCACCACCCACCAUGAAGCCCACAGCACCUCCAACCGGACCACCGAUGGCCAAUGCCACACCUCCGCCCCCAAAGGCCGAUGCUCAGUGCGGGGGUGCUGCCUGCAGCUCUCAGCCCCCCACUGAGCCCGAUUGCCAGGAGGAUAUUGAAUGUCCAGGAAUUCCGGGCGGAAGUGUGCCCCUUCCAUCGAAUGGGCCCAAUCAUGUGGACUACAAACCUGCCGCACCGCCCCAGCCUGGCCCGCCCCAGCCUGGCCCGCCCCAGCCUGGAGCUCCUCAGCCUGGCCCGCCCGGUCGCCACCUGGGGCACUACCCCUCGCCCCCCCCGGGGUACCUGCACCCUUCGGCUCCCCACGGCGCCCCUCCGAGCAUGCACCCAGGAAUAGCGAGCGCCACUCAGCCUUACACUACAACACCUCAAUUGUACCAGCAGCCACCUCCCGGGCGUGGCCCAGCUCAGCUGAGCUCAUCCCUGGCCGCCAUGAGCCUCCAGUCCAGCACCCCUGAGACUUUACGUGUGGUCAACCUUCUCCAAGAGCGGAACCUGCUGCCCCCGGGGCCAGUCAGCGCCCCGACACCCUGCCUCCCCUUAGACCUGCAAAAGCUAAAUUCCAACCCGGAGGUUUUCCGCUGCACGUUGACAAGCAUCCCUCAGACCCAAUCUCUGCUCAAUAAAGCCAAGAUGCCACUGGGACUGCUGCUGCAACCCUUCAAAGACCUCUCGCAACUUCCUGUGGUGACGCCCAGCACCAUCGUCAGGUGUCGCUCCUGCCGGACUUACAUCAACCCCUUCGUGUCCUUCCUGGACCAGAGGAGGUGGAAAUGCAACCUGUGCUUUCGGGUCAAUGAUGUUCCAGAGGAGUUCAUGUAUAAUCCAGUCAGUCGAUCCUACGGAGAACCACACAAACGACCGGAAGUGCAGAAUUCCACCAUCGAGUUUAUCGCUCCAUCAGAAUACAUGCUGAGGCCGCCACAGCCGGCUGUGUACCUUUUUGUCCUGGAUGUUUCCCAUAAUGCAGUGGAGACGGGCUACCUGAAGAUAUUCUGUCAGUCAGUGCUGGACAAUAUCAACACGCUCCCCGGGGACUCGCGGACAAAAAUCGGCUUCAUCACCUUCGAUAGCACCAUCCACUUCUACAAUCUUCAGGAAGGACUGUCCCAGCCUCAGAUGCUCAUCGUCUCAGACAUUGAAGAUAUCUUCUUACCAACACCGGACAGCCUUUUAGUAAACCUCAACGAGAGCAAAGAGUUGGUGCAGGAUCUCCUGAAGAGCUUGCCCACGUUAUUUGAGAAGACCAUGGAGACCCAGUCGGUGCUGGGCUCGGCCCUGCAGGCCGCCUUCAAGCUGCUGUCCCCCACCGGAGGCCGCAUGUCCGUCUUUCAGACCCAGCUUCCCAACCUCGGAGUCGGGGCCCUGCAGUCCAGAGAGGACCCAAACCAAAGAGCAUCAGCCAAGGACAUCCAGAAUUUAUCUCCAGCGACAGACUUCUACAAGAAGCUGGCUCUGGACUGCUCCGGCCAGCAGGUCGCUGUUGACCUGUUCCUGCUCAGCUCUCAGUAUUGUGACCUGGCUUCUCUUGGCUGCAUAUCCAGGUACUCUGCAGGCACCGUCUACUAUUUCCCGUCUUACCACCACCAACACAACCCCGCUCAGGUGCUGCGCUUCCAAAAGGAUCUGAAGAGAUACUUGACAAGGAAGAUCGGCUUUGAGGCCGUCAUGAGGAUCCGCUGCACCAAAGGUCUGUCCAUUCACACUUUCCACGGAAACUUUUUUGUACGCUCCACGGACCUGCUCUCGCUGCCCAAUGUGAACCCGGACGCGGGCUUUGCCGUUCAAAUGUCCAUCGAGGAAAACCUGGACAACAUGCAGACGGUGUCUUUCCAGGCGGCACUGCUGUACACCUCCAGCAAAGGAGAGAGGAGGAUCCGUGUGCACACUUUGUGUCUCCCGGUGGUCCACUCUAUGUCCGACAUCUUUGCUGGUGCUGACGUUCAAGCCAUGUGUGGCCUGCUGGCGUGCAUGGCUGUGGAUCGCUCGGUGACGGCCAGCCUGAGCGACGCCAGGGACGCCAUGACCAACGCCGUUAUCGAUUCGCUGACGGCGUACCGCCAGUCGGUGCUGACCAUCCAGCAGCCCGGCCUGCUGGCCCCAGCCUGUCUUCGCCUCUUCCCCCUUUACAUCACAGCUCUGCUCAAGCAGAAAGCUUUCAGGACGGGGACCAGCACCAGACUGGACGACCGGGUCUUCGCCAUGUGUCAGCUCAAGUACCAGCCGCUGGUCUACGCCAUGUUGAUGAUUCACCCCGCUUUGUACCGCGUAGACGACCUGACUGACGAGGGAGCUCUGAACGUCAGCGAGCGCACCGUCCCUCAGCCGAGAGUGCUGCAGCUCUCUGUGGAAAAGCUCAGCUGGGAGGGCGCGUUCCUCAUGGAUGCAGGAACGGACAUGUAUCUGUUGAUUGGACGCAACUGCAACCCCAACUUCCUCAGCCAAGUCCUGGGUGUUCCGAACUAUGCCACCGUGCCUGAUAACCUGUAUGUGCUGCCAGAGUUGGAAACUGCUGAGUCGCAAAGAACCCGAGCUUUCGUUGGCUGGUUGAGGGAUCAGAGACCCUUCUUUACCACCCUGCACGUCAUCAGGGACGAGAGCCCGAUGAAAGUCCCUUUUAUGCAGAACAUGAUCGAGGACCGGACCGAGUCGACCGUGGCCUACUACGAGUUCCUGCUCCACCUCCAGACGCAGGUCUCCAAAUGAUGCAACGACGAUUCUCGGACACCAGCCCGCGCUCAAGCUGGGAUGUGCAUCAGUUAGUGUGUGUCUGUGUGUGCGUUUGUGUCCGCGAGAAGAAGUGGACAAAAAAAAGGUUAUCUUUGCUGACAUGCUCCUGUCCCGAGUCGCUGGGAGGACACUUUGAUUUGAGUGGGGGGGCGAGGUUAGAACAGAUGAGUGAUGUCAACUGUCGGCAAAGACGCCUUUAUCAAAAUGUAUGCGAGUGUUUCUGACUGUUAUCAAAUGUCGUCCCAAGGAUUUAAGCUCCAUCGCCCUCAUCGAGGACACAAUCGUGUGUGCUUUUCUUUUGUCAGUCUCGAUGUGAAGGAACAAAUGUCAGAAAAGGUGCCCCAAUUUGUGAGAAGUCAUAUCUGUUUAAUUUAUGAUACUCCCAGUCUUGAUUAAAUUCAAUAAUUGCCUUGUAUUACGGGAACUACUUUUAUUAUCAAGCCUCUGUAGAAACGCAGACUAUAUGACAUAUUUUAAUAUAACGGGAGAUUUCUUUAACAUAGACAUAACAAAGCCAUUUUAAUGAUCUUUUAAUUAUGCCUACGUGUAUAUUGAAAAUACUGCAUAAUAGAAAGGUGAAGAAAUGCUAAUAAGAAUUAAGAUGACUUGUCUAAGAAAAUAAAAUGUUUGGGACUUUU